AUGCGAGUUUUAAACAGUUUAUUCAAUAACGUAUAUAGAAGAUCAGUGAGAUCGUUUUCUCAUGUUACUCAGAAGGCUCAUGAUUUUACAGCACAAGGGAUAAAUAAAAAUAAUGAAAUCAUAAAUGUUCAAUUAUCAUCCUAUAUAGGUAAAAAAUAUUGUUGUUUAUUUUUUUACCCUUUAAACUAUACAUUUGUUUGCCCAACAGAAGUAAUAGAAUUUAAUAAGCAUGUAAAAUCAUUUGAAGAAAAAAAUGUAGAACUAUUAGGAAUAUCUGUAGAUUCAGUUUAUAGUCAUAUGGCAUGGAAAAAUAUGCCUAUUGAAAAAGGUGGUAUAGGGAAUAUUAAUUUUACAUUAGUAUCAGAUAUAAGCAAAGAAAUUUCCAAAAAUUAUAAUGUCCUAUAUAAUGACUCCUUUGCCUUAAGAGGUUUAUUUAUAAUAGAUUUAGAAGGAAAAAUUAGGCAUAAAACUGUUAACGAUUUAUCAAUAGGCAGAAACGUUAAUGAAGUUUUAAGAGUCAUAGAUUCAAUAAUUCAUGUUGAUACAAGUGGGAAUGUUUGUCCAAUCAAUUGGAAAAAAGGAGAAAAAUCUUUCAAACCAACUAAUGAGGCCUUACUUGAUUAUUUAAAUACUGAAUACAAAAAGUAA